UGCGUUUUAUCGCUUAAGAUUGUCGGUACUGAAAUUGAAAAUAAUGUCAGUUUGGGCAAGUUGGAUUUUGUGAUUAUCAGAUACUAUCUUUUUUAUGAAACCUCUAGAAUUUGAAACAACAUUAAAAUGGUGAAAAACUUUGUAAUUCCUCUUGUGAAGGAUGAGCUUUUAACGUCACAUGCCGAUCAGUAUUUUGUUGACGAGAUCGUUCCUCUGCGAACAAUAACACAAUCUCUUGAUGUUACAAGAUCAGCAUUGCAAGCAAAACGAGCGCAUUUUAUUCUGGAUCAUUUUGAUACAUUUUUCUCUAUUAUUGUUCAUGGUAGUAAAGUGGAACUGGAUGUAUGUCUACGUGCUUUCAAUAGAAUUUACAAAGGUGUAGAAGCACUUGUUUAUGAUUUGGAACAAGUAUUUCAUCAUGGCGAGAAUAUUACAGAAGAAGAUAGACAAACAUAUUUGUGCAUUACUAAGAUGCUAGCAUAUUUGUUGUCAUGGUUUACUUGUCACAUAGAUGAAUAUGUUUCAAAAAAUACAACUAUUAAUAUUGGAAAACGUAAAAAAACCAAAUCAUCUAUUGAGGAAGACUGGGAACAAUCCAGACAGAAAGUUUUAGAACUUUUGUAUCGAUGGUUACAAAUACCAUUAUAUAAACUUUUUAGACCACCAAUUGUUGAAAACUCUUUUGUCUCAACUGUAGCACAAAUGUGUUACAAGAUAUUGGAGCAAUGUAAAGAUGCUAAGCAGAAAUACAUAAGACAAAGCUUAUUUGAGAUUCUAGGAACUCUAAUUAAAAAGUACAAUCAUGGAAUAACUUGUGUUGUUAGAAUUAUUCAAUUAGUAAAAUUGUGUGACAUGCUAGCAGUUCCCAUAGCAUCUGGUGUGGUACAUAUGGUCACUGAAUGCGGUUGCAAUGGUUUAAUAAAAGAAGUAAUGAAUGAGAUUGGACAUACUGACGUUGGCGAAGUCGAUAGCCGCAAUGUGUCCACGUUUCUCGAAAACAUUGCAAUUUUGCAGCCAAAUCUUAUAAUUCCUAUUCUAGACGAAAUUACGGAUUACAUGUCAAACGACUUUUAUACAAUGAGGAACUGCGUGAUCGGUGUCUUGGGUGCGGUCGUACAGAAAGCAUUAACUGGCGAAAAUCUCACAGACGAACAAAGAGAACGUCGUGACGAAUGUUUAGACAUUUUAGAAGAGCACAUUCUCGAUUGCAAUGCUUAUGUGAGAUCGAAGGUACUUCAAACUUGGCAGCACUUGUGUUGCGAGGGCGCUGUGCCGUUAGCAAGAUACGGGAAGCUUUUAGCCGCCACCGCGUUACGACUAGAAGAUAAAAGCGCGAAUGUUCGCAAGCAAGCCUUACAGUUGUUGCGCGCUUUGUUGCAAAGUAAUCCAUUCGCCGGCAAGUUAAAUUGUGUCGAACUCACCGAGAGUUUGGAAAAAGAAAAAGCAAAGUUGCAAGAAUUAUUAGUUCAAAUUGUGAGUUCUAGUAAUCACGCAGACAAGCAAAAAUUAUUGCAGAUCUUGGUCGCUUUGGAUCCAGAAUUAAAAACGGUGAUAAAAAAGAUUCUUGGAAGUGAUGAUGAAAUACAAUGUGCAGACACAAAUGACAUGCAGAACGACGAAAACGAAGAGCUAGAUAAACGGGCGAACGAUGCAAACAAGAUGGAGCUGGAAUUAGAACAAAACAAUAAAAUGGAAGAGAUAAACACUCGAAAACGCGUUAUAAAUUAUUUACAAAAUUGUCUCGAAUUUGCGACAGGAUUGGAGAAAGCAAUACCAAUGGCGAGGAGACUUCUAUUCUCGACGUGCGCCGGCGACGCUGUCGAAUCGUGCACAUUUUUGGGGACGGCUUUUCAAUUUGGAGUAACCGGCGCGGCCGAUUGCGUGCGCGAAGCUCUAUUUCAAGUGUUCCAUCGUGAUCAAUCUGUGCGCAAUAACGUGGCUAUCGUGUACAAAGACAUCUAUCUCAACAUCAAUAACGACAAGCGAUCCGAUCGUCAAGUAGCCGUUGUUCGCGUGAAUCGUCUGAUCGACUUGCUAAAGGAAUUGAAGCCUGGACAGAGUCCGGCUCUGGCUGAAUUGAUAGCUACGUGGUAUGAAAAGGACGAAUUGAACAGUGAAUUGCUGCAGAUAUUGUGGGAAAAGUUUUCCAUGAAGUAUCCAGCCACAUCACCGGUAGACAGCAGAGCCGCAUUAAUGAUAUUGACAAUGAUAGCUCAGGCAGAAACUAACAUAGUCAUCGAUAAUCUGGACGUGUUGAUAAAAAUGGGAUUAAGUUUGCGUGCGAGAGAAGAUCUGCUUUUAGCACGAGAUACAUGCAGAAUGUUAUUAAAGAUAAAACAGAAUAACAACAGUAUCGAAAAACCGCCUUUGAGAUAUCCUAACAAUCACGAUAUGUUUCGAGAAAUCUUGUCGUUGUUAACAGAUUCUUAUACCAACGCGAAGGUGAAUACUUUCAUCUCUUUCGCGACAGACGCGAUCAACGCUGUAUAUCACUUGGCAAAUAAACCUGAUCAGUUGAUGAAGGACUUGUUGCUAGACAUCAUUAAGAAAGAUCGAAGCAAGGAAACAAAUCAAACCUCAAGUAUUUCAUAUACUGAAUUGUCUAAAUUGCUUUACAUUGUUGGACACAUCGCUAUCAAACAGAUGAUUCACUUGGAUAUGUCCGUCUAUAGAGAAUUGAAACGUAGAAACAUGUUGAGAGAGAUGCAAGGUAAAAACAAGAAACAAUUGCCGAAGAGUGCAUCUGCGACGCCGGAUAUUAGAAAGGAUAAAUCUUUGUUGAAACGUGCGUCCGUUACACCGGAUAUCAGAAGCAAAAUAUUGCCGACACCGGCGAGCGCGCAAAGAAUUCUUCGAAGAAGAGAUUCGGUGCUUUCUACAAGCGAGGACAACGGUGAAGAGGCUUUGGAAGGUGCUGUAGAUGAUGCCGAGGCGGAGUUUAUACAUGCCGCGCUCGAAAACGAAAUUGUUACCGGAAAUGGAAUACUCGCGAAGUUUGUUUCGUUAGUGUUGGAUGUGUGUCAAUAUCCUGACAAGUACAACAAUGAAAAUCUACAAGCCGCGGGUUCAGUUGCUCUUUGUAAAAUGAUGACGGUCAGCUCGGAAUUCUGCGAAAAAUCAUUACAACUUUUGGUCACCAUAUUAGAACGAUCGCCAUAUCCUGGAAUCAGAUCGAAUAUGUUAAUCGGAUUGAGCGAUCUCGCUAUUAGAUUUCCUAAUCAAGUUGAGCCGUGGUCAAAGCACAUUUAUGGCAGACUCCGAGAUGAAAAUGUAAAUGUACGUAGAACAUGCGUGCGUACGUUGUCGAAUCUGAUAAUGAGAGAGAUGAUACGCGUGAAGGGGCAGGUUUCGGAAUUGGUUCUUUGCAUAAUCGACGAGGAUGAGGAGAUACGGCAGAAUACAAAAGAAUUCUUCACUCAACUCGCUCAGAAAGGCAACACCCUAUACAAUAUAGUACCGGACAUCUUGUCGCGCUUGGCAGAUCCUGAAUUAAAUCUGAGCGAAAAAGAAUUUCAGGAAACAAUCAGAUAUAUUCUCGGUCUAAUGCAGAAAGAGAGACAAAUUGAUACUAUAAUUGACAAGAUUUGCGCUAGAUUCAAAUUGGCCGCCACAGAGAGACAAUGGCGUGAUCUUUCUUACUGUCUUUCUCUUCUGCAAUUUAGUGGCAAAAGUAUACGCCGCCUCAUUGAAAGUCUACCACUUUUGAAAGAGAAAAUUCAUUACAAACCAGUACAAAUGGCAUUGCAAAAUAUUAUUGAGCAGACAAAAAAGAAAACGGACGCAAAAGAUGUUUGCGUGGAAUUAGAAGAAAAGAUACAAGAACUUUUAGAAGAAAACUCAAAAGAAAAGGUGACUCAAGUGUCGGACACGUCUUUGAUGCCACCACCAUCUGGUGAUCGUAAAACACUACACAGUCUUUCAAAAAAGAAGAGAUAUACUAAGACAUUCGACAGUAGCAUUAUCGCAUCGCCAUCCUCAAAACGAACUAGAAAUACGGAUGUGUUGUCGGCAACUCCAACCAGAAGUUCGACACGAUUACGUAAAUAAUAACUUGUAAAUUAAAUGUCUUAUUACUUAAAAUAUGAAGAAAUUAUAAUUUUUAUACACAAAUAAACAAUUUUUACAUAAAGUUUUGAAAAAUUGUCAUUGUGCAUGUUGAGCAGUGAUGGUUAUAUCAAAAAGCAAAAUGAUCAUCAAGCACGUUAUAACAAAGAGUUGUAUAUUUAUU